AUGGCCAUCGGCAAUCUUUACUUCAUUGCGGCCAUCGCCGUUGUGGGCGGUGGUCUGUUCGGUUUUGAUAUCUCGUCGAUGUCUGCGAUCAUUGAAACCGAUGCCUAUCUCUGCUAUUUCAACCAGGGUCCUUUGGAGUACGACGACAACGGUAACCGGGUGUGUAAGGGCCCCAGUGCAGAUGUGCAGGGUGGUAUCACCGCCUCCAUGGCCGGAGGUUCCUGGCUGGGCUCGUUGCUGUCGGGUUUCAUCUCGGAUAAGCUCGGCCGUCGAACUUCGAUUCAGAUCGGUUCGGUCAUCUGGUGCAUUGGAUCCAUCAUUGUCUGUGCCUCUCAGAACAUUCCCAUGUUGAUCGUCGGCCGUGUCAUCAACGGCCUGAGUGUUGGUAUCUGCUCGGCUCAGGUACCGGUGUACAUUUCGGAGAUUGCUCCUCCCACCAAGCGUGGCCGUGUCGUCGGUCUGCAGCAAUGGGCCAUCACCUGGGGUAUCUUGAUCAUGUUCUACCUCUCCUACGGCUGCAGCUACAUCAAGGGCACGGCCGCCUUCCGUAUCCCCUGGGGCCUGCAAAUGAUCCCUGCCAUUCUGUUGUUCCUGGGCAUGUUGUUCCUGCCCGAGUCUCCUCGUUGGCUGGCGCGCAACGACCGGUGGGAGGAAUGCCACGCCGUCCUGACCCUCGUGCACGGCCAAGGCGACCCCGACUCCCCCUUCGUGCAGCGCGAAUUCGAAGAGAUCAAGGGCAUGUGCGAGUUCGAGCGUGCCAACGCUGAUGUCACCUACCUUGAACUCUUCAAGCCCAACAUGAUCAACCGCACCCAUGUGGGAAUUUUUGUUCAGAUCUGGUCCCAGCUGACUGGCAUGAACGUCAUGAUGUAUUAUAUUACCUACGUCUUCGCCAUGGCCGGCCUGAAGGGAAACAACAACCUGAUCUCCUCCAGUAUUCAGUACGUGAUCAACGUCUGCAUGACCGUCCCGGCCCUGAUCUGGGGAGACCGAUGGGGUCGUCGUCCGACCUUCCUCCUGGGGUCCCUCUUCAUGAUGAUCUGGAUGUACGCCAAUGCCGGUCUGAUGGCCAGCUAUGGUCACCCUGCUCCUCCCGGCGGUCUCAAUCACGUCGAAGCUGAGUCCUGGGUUAUUGAAGGCCCGGCCAGCAAGGCCGUCAUUGCCUGUACCUAUCUGUUCGUGGCCUCGUACGCCAUUUCGUUCGGCCCGGCCAGCUGGGUGUAUCCCCCGGAGCUGUUCCCCCUGCGCGUGCGUGGCAAGGCCACCGCCCUUUGCACCUCGGCCAACUGGGCCUUUAACUUCGCCCUGAGCUACUUUGUGCCUCCGGCCUUUGUCAACAUUCAGUGGAAGGUCUAUAUCCUCUUUGGUGUCUUCUGUACCGCCAUGUUCCUCCACAUCUUCUUCUUCUUCCCCGAGACCACCGGCAAGACCCUGGAGGAGGUCGAGGCCAUCUUCACGGACCCGAAUGGUAUUCCCUACAUCGGUACGCCGGCCUGGAAGACCAAGAACGAGUUCUCUCGUGCUGCGAUGAUUGAGCAAGUUGGUUUUGACGAGGAGAAGCGGGUGGCGGGUGGCCAGGUUGUUCAUGAAGAGGUUACUACUGGGGAUAAGGUUGCUUGA